AUGGCGUUACGUAUACCACAAACAAAAAUGACUACUAUACGACAACAGCGUCGUGCCGAACCUUAUCUUCGUUCAACAUCAUCAUCAACAACAACAACAACAACAAAUUCAAUUGGAACAAAAAAUGAAUCAAUUAUACAUAGAAAUGCUGAUAUAGGAGCAAUUGAGAAUUCUUCAUCAUUAAGUCCACCUGUCAUUUCUUCAUCAAAUGUCUCAUCUCCAAGUAUUCCUCCACCUCCGCCUCCUCCACCAUUAUCAUCAUUAACAAAUAUAAAAAGUCCAUCAUAUCGUAUAACUGUUGAUGAUCUUCAUCAAUCUCCACUUCUUCAAAAUUUAUCAUUAACAAAUGGUGAAUAUCGUUCAUCAACAAGUUCAAAUUAUAUUAAGAAAGAUAAUUCAACAAUAUCAAAAUUAAUUGAAAAUCGUCGAGAAUCAGAUAUUAAUUCAACAAAUAAAGAACAACAACAAACAGCACCAAGAAUUCGAGAAAUAAGUUCAAAUGUUGGUUUUGUUUCAUUACCUGAUCAAGUUCAUAGAAGAGCUAUUAAAAAAGGUUUUGAAUUCAAUUUAAUGGUUGUAGGUCAAUCUGGUUUGGGCAAAUCAACAUUUAUAAAUACAUUAUUUCAAACUGAACUUUAUGGUCAAGAUUUUCCAUCAACAAUUCAUCGAAAAAAGAAAAGUGUUACUAUUGAUUCAUCAUCAAUUAUUUUAAAAGAAAAAGGUGUUCAAUUACGUUUAACUAUUGUUGAUACACCUGGAUUCGGAGAUUCAGUUGAUAAUUCAAAUUGUUGGCAACCAAUUAUUGAUUAUAUUGAUUCAAAAUAUGAAGAAUAUUUAAAUGGAGAAUCUCGAGUUAUUCGUAAAACACAUAUUAUUGAUAAUCGUAUUCAUGCUUGUCUUUAUUUUAUAAGUCCAACUGGUCAUAGUCUUCAAUCAUUAGAUAUUGAAUUUAUGAAACGUCUUCAUGAUCGUGUUAAUAUAAUUCCAGUUAUAGGAAAAUCUGAUACAUUAACAUCAGAUGAAUUACGUUUAUUUAAAAAAUCAAUAAUGCAAGAUAUAACUAAUGAAAAAAUCAAACUUUAUGAAUAUCCUGAUUAUAAUUCUGAUCAUGAUUAUAAAUUAAAUAAAAUUUAUAAAGAUAAAGUUCCAUUUGCUGUUGUUGGAAGUAAUUUCGUUUUAGAACGUGGAAAUAAACGUACAAGAAUAAGACAAUAUGCUUGGGGAACUGUUGAUGUUGAAGAUGAAGCUCAUAGUGAUUUUAUUGCAUUGAGAAGUAUGAUUAUAAAAACAAAUUUAAAUGAUUUACGUGAUGUAACACAUAAUGUUCAUUAUGAAAAUUAUCGUUAUAAAAAAUUAAUUUCUUUUCAUGGAAAUGAAUCAAAAAAUGGCAAAACGUUACAAACAUCUUCAAUAAAUAAAAAUUUAUUAUCACAAAUUGAAGAUGAACGAAUUGAAGUAGAAGAAAGAUUAAAUAAAAUGUCUCGAGAUAUGGAAAAUGUUUAUCAAUCAAAAGUUGAAGAAAAAUACGAAAAACUUCAAGAAAAUAAACAAAAUCUUUUAAAAAGUGAAGAAACAUUUCGAUUAAAUAUUCAACAAGAAGAAGAAAAUAUUCAACGAAAACGUUUAGAUUUUGAAAAUAUUCGACGUCAAUGGGAAGACAAUUUAAAUAAAUCUUCAUUUAAUGAUCAAUAUAUUUCAUUAACAAAACCUCCAAAGAAAGGUCUUUUUUAA